UAAAUGUUGUACAACAAAGGAAAGUCCCAUUCUUUUUGCUUUCACUUUCAAUUAAAAGCUCAGUCGACAAAACCAGAGACUCGCAGUGAAGCAGAUAAACGACCGACAGAAUAUCUAUAUUGUACAAGAUGACAACUGUACAUAUACCACCAGCUGCACAGGAAAAAGUAGCUGCAUUUCAGAAGCAGUUUUCUAAAGAGGCAGAUAAUUUAAUUGCUGUUGGAAUCCCACAGAAGAUAUAUGAGCUAGACCAGCUUCUGUCUUCUCCAGAGCUGAAUGUAUCAGAUCUGAGUACACUCCGAGCUGAACUGGACAUACCAAUUCCAGAUCCAGAGAAAGAAAAGGAAAAAGAAAAGAAGAAAAAAGAAAAAGAUGAGAAAAAGAAAGAUGAUGAAGAAGAGAAAGGCCCUCCAUGUGGCCCCAUUCCCAGCAAUGAGAAAAUUGUCAGCCUGCAAAAAAGAAUUAGAAGUGAAAUCCAAGAAGCAAAAGAGAAAUUGAACAUGGUCACCCUAUGGCUGCAGCUUCAGAUUCCUCAGAUUGAAGAUGGGAAUAACUUUGGAGUUGCUGUACAGGAAAAAGUGUUUGAACUGAUGACAAAUGUGAGAACCAAGCUGGAUGCAUUUCAGACACAGCUUUCAAAAUAUCUCUCUGAUCGCGGUGAUGCAGUGGCUAAAGCAGCAAAAGGUCCUCAUGUGGGAGAUUAUCGAGCUUUAGUGCAUCAACUGGAUGUAUCUCAAUAUGCAGAACUCAGACUCACAGCCCUGGAGAUCAGGAAUACCUAUGCCAUCCUUUAUGAUGCUAUUAGCAAGAAUUAUAACAAGAUAAGGAGACCACGUGGCGAUGGCAAGAGACUCAUCUACUGAGUGAACCAUUGAUUCUUUCUUACUUGGUUUGUUAGGAGCCUUCACUAUAACAAAAUAUAGACAUAUGCAUGAUGAUGUAUAAAUUCAAAUCUGUAAUAAAGUCUGGAUAAAUGCUUAAAUUUCUAAUCUAAAUAAAGGAUGUGGUUGAAAGGAAAAGAAAAA